AAAUAACGUGUCACCAAAAUAACGAAUACGUCAUGAGGAACUAUAAAUUUAUAAUUAAAUUAAAUAAUAAAAGCUACACGAUGUGUAGAAAUUAUUCACUCUGAUUUUCCUUAAUCCAAAAGCCAAAGAGGCUGUACAAUAAAAAAUCUCUGCAUGGCAACCAAUGAUGCAACUCAAGAGAGCACUGUGGGUAGGCGGAAGUCAUCCGCAGCCUGGGCCACUAUGAAGAAAGUGAAGAGACAGCUGCGUUUGACAAACGAGGGAGCGACACCGGUCCAGUGGAAACUUGUCUUCCUAGUCUUCAUGUCAUUGUUUUCAAGCUCGUUUAACGUCACAUUCCUGUUUCCAUUCCUACCAGAAAUGAUAUUGAUGUUUGGCUAUAAGGAGGAGGAGAAAGGAUACUAUGCUGGCUUCGUGGCCUCCGCGCUGUUUGUGGGGAGAUUCUUUGGAAGCUAUUUCUGGGGCUGGCUGUCAGACCGAGUGGGCCGCAAGCCGGUCAUGCUGCUCACCAUUCUCCUCAACGGUUUGUCAUCACUGGCGUUUGGUUUCACCACCAGCAUCACCUUCGCCAUCAUAACACGACUCUUCUCUGGACUUGUUAAUGGAACUGUGGGUACAUCAAAAACCAUUCUGUAUGAGAUCUCAGACAACACAAACCAGGCGGUGGGAAUGUCCAUCAUAUCAGUAGCCUGGGGAAUGGGAAUGAUGGUGGGACCAGCAGUGGGAGGUUACCUGGCCAACCCCUGCAAGCGCUACCCAGAAAUGUUCCCCUCCGAAGGAUUCUUCUUCAAGUUCCCCUACUUCCUGCCAGGUUUCAUCGCUUUCUGCCUUUGCUUCCUACCAUUUGUCUUGGACAUCUUCUUCCUGCCAGAGACGCUAAACAUGAAAAAGACAGAGGUAGAAGUUAUUGUAAUAGAGGAACCAGGCAAGGCAAGCAUUGAAGAUGCCAUUGUUGACGACAGAGAAAACUUCCAGGGUCCUGGUCACAUGGUUGGCCCCUCUCCCGGGCUGACAGUCUCGGUGGAGGAUCUUCACCUUGAAAGUGAAGGGGCCACGUUCCUGGCCGGUCACAAAAAAGAGCUGCAAGUAUCCAGACAUGGUAUCACUGCAAUCAACAUAGAUACCAAUCACACCGAUCGGUCGUAUGAUUCUGUCAAAAAUGGAAAAGAAGGCCUCUCCAAUGUAAACGAAAGUGAUGUUUCUGUUAAAGAGAAACUUCCAGAGUCCGUAGAUGUUAAAGAUGAGGAAGUUACAUUACUAAAUGGUGAUAAAACUGAGAAAUCUCCAGAAAAGAAGAAGCCAAAAAAUGUUCCGCGGUGUUGCUGGCAGUUUUUAAACUGGCCCACUGUAAGAAUGAUGAGAGAACAUGAUGUGGUGCUGGCAGUGGGUCUUUACAGUCUGUUUUCCAUCAGUGUUAUCGGGGUAGAGGAGAUAUUCACUGUGUGGGCGGCAACAGAGACUUUUUAUGAUGGCCUGGGGUUUGAGCCCAGCCAGAUCGGUGCUGUGAUGGGCGCCUCUGCACUGCCUCUCCUCUUUCUACAACUGGUCGUCUUUCCAAACCUUUGUCGCAGGCUGGGAAUAAAAAAUACCCUGCUGGUGUGUACGGUGAUAUCUCUGGUAAUGACCCAGGCCACCCCUCUUCUGCACCUGCUUACAAAUGUUCCAAUCACGUUGUGGACUCUGCUGAUAGCUAUUCACUGCACCAUGAAGCUGAUGACAAGCUGCAUAUUCUCCAGUACGGGACUCCUCAUCAACAACUCUGUCCAGCCCCACAUGGCCGGCACUGUCAAUGGUAUCGGGGUGAUGUUCUCUGCCCUGGCAAGGUCCAUCGCGCCCCUGAUAGGAGGUGCAAUAUACACAUGGACGGUUUCCUACUCCUCAGAGGUGCUGGGUCCGCCGUUUGAUGUGAGUUUUGUGUUCUUUGUGUUCGGACUGGUUAACUUCGUAGUGGCCUUGAUUGCAGUUACCAUUCCAGAACGGCUCAACAGGCAGAAGAAAUGAGGAAAUAUACUUCAAUUUAUAAGCAUUAUCAGUUUCGGGACUCAACAGGCAUCGGAAAUGAAGGAAUUCAGCUGAAAACAAUGUCAAUGUCAGGUUUGUUAGAGUAAAUGUAUGCUGUAACCAUUCCAGACUGCCUCAAGAGGCAGCAGAAAUAGAGGAGUAUUUUAUAGAUUUGUUAUACAAAGUGCAUGUACGUAAAGUGUCAUCGCAAAUUAGCCUGUGUAGCCCACUCAGGCUUAUAAGUGACAACGCUCUCUGCUUUUAUUGUCUUUUUUUUUCAAAGGAAAAACAAAAUAAUCGAAAAUGCACAUGCUAAUCUGGGACAACACUUUAUGUACAUGCAUUUAUAAU